AUGGUAUCUUACUUUCGUUUGAUAUUUGCAUUCGCUUUACUUGUCGUUCAAGUCUUGUCCCUCAAUUCAUCAGUUAUACAAACAAACUUGUCUGAUUUCCAAUACAAGGGAGUUAGUAUUGGUGGAUGGUUAGUUCUUGAACCUUAUAUCACACCAACAUUAUUUAAUGCAACUCUUUUAUCCAAUGAAACAGCAGAUGAUAUCCCAGUUGAUGAAUACCAUUAUUGUGAAAAGUUGGGUGAAGAAGAAGCUACCAAAAGAUUAACUGAACAUUGGGAAUCAAUGUAUAAUGAAUCUGAUUUUGAAGAAAUUAAAAAAUAUGGUUUAAAUAUGGUGAGAAUUCCUAUAGGUUAUUGGUCAUUUGAAAAAAUGGAUGGUGAUCCAUAUGUAUCUGGAGCACAAGAAUAUCUUGAUAAAGCAAUUGAGUGGUCUCGUAACAAUGAUUUGAAAGUCUUGAUUGAUUUACAUGGUGUCCCAAAUACUCAAAAUGGAUUUGAUAAUUCAGGAUUAAGAAAUCUUGGAUAUCCUGGAUGGCAAAAUAAAACUGAAUAUAUUAAUCAUACUUAUAAUGUUUUGCAACAAAUCUAUGAAAAAUAUGGAACUGGCGAAUAUGCCAGAGAGUAUAACGAUACAAUUAUAGGUAUUGAAGUUGUCAAUGAACCGUUUAAUCCUGAUUUGGAUAAACUUAAAGAUUUCUAUAUUGAAUCUUAUAAUGAUGCUAGAAAUAUUCAAAUUGUCAAUAAUACGAUUUUCUUUCAAGAAGCUUUCCAACAAAUUGGAUAUUGGGAUGACUUUAUUGCUGAUGGAGAAGUCAAUAUCACUUCAACAGCAAAUGGAACCAAUGGAACCAUUACAAAAACUGCAGAUUUUGAAAAUGUGAUUAUUGACCAUCAUCAUUAUGAAGUGUUUUCCGAAUCACAAAUUGCCCUGAAUGUUUCAACUCAUUUAGAUAAUAUUAAAAAUUAUGCAUCAUCUAUUGGUAAAUCCACCACUAGAUCAAUUAUUGGUGAAUGGUCUGCAGCUUUAACUGAUUGUGCACCAUGGUUAAAUGGUGUUGGUUUAGGAUCAAGAUAUGAAGGUACAUCUCCUUAUACGAAUGAUCGAGUUGGUAGUUGUGCUGAUUUUACUAGAAGUCCAGAAAAUUGGUCUAAGCAACAGAAAAAGGAUUAUAGACGUUUUGUUGAAAUGCAAUUAUAUCAAUAUGGAAAUAGUUCUCAAGGUUGGAUUUUCUGGUGUUGGAAAACUGAAGCUGCAACUGAAUGGGAUUUUAGAGCUUUAGUUAAAAAUGACAUUAUCCCACAACCUUUGGAUAAUUUCAAAUAUGUUAAGAAUGGAGUUGACACCAGUGAUUCUACCAAAGUUGGUAUUACCUGGAGUUUAGUUGUCAUUCAAACAUUGAUCUUGUUCUUUAUUUAA